UUAUCACGAGAACCUCACAAAAAUACGCGGCAAGGAGAGAGAGAGAGAGCGGUGGAGUCGUAAGUUUGCGUAGGAGAUAACGUCUUUUUCCCGUCGUCGGAGACGGAGGUUAUGCCUUUUGGCUCUUGAGGUUAUAUUAAGCUUUCAUUUCUAGUGCCUUUGAGAUAUGGAACAAGAUUACAUCUGCUCAGGCUGCUACCAGUUUCGGGUUUCUUCAUUGCAAGAAGCACUCGAUUUGCGGUUUCUUGCGCUCUCUGGUUUCCUUGGUGGCUCUUUCGUCAACUGCACUUAGUGGGCUCAUGUCUGCAAGUUAUCGCUUCUUCGCAUAGUCCUGAAGCCUCAUCUAAACCUGGUCCUUUCAGU